AUGGCAGCCUACAGUAAUGACGCAGGAUACAUCGCGCAAGGUCCGCGCUACCAGUUUGCCGACGAACGCGGUCUUGAAGGGCAGGAUGCAUGUGCGCAUCGCCAACGGACAACGUAUGACGUCGAACAAGCAUGCAGCUACUACAGCCAGCCGCAGGACUCCUUCCUCUCUGAUCCUUCGCAUCCUCAGUAUGCUCCUGCGCUGGAUCCACAGCGCCAGCUGCGCAGUGUUAGAACAGCAGCCGAAUCGAUUGCAGAGUCACAUCGCUCCGAGGCAAGGCGAGAUGCCAGGCGCAAAAAGAUGUCCAGGCACAAGAAGGGAGAAAGCAUCAUCGCGAGGCUUGGGCGAGGUAUGAGUCUGCGGCGAGGUAUGAGCACAAAGAAGGGUUCCUCUCACGUAGCAGCAGGUGAGAAAUCAGCAAUUUCCAACCUCAUCGCUGACGAAUUUGGAAGAGACAAGAUGCCGGUCGGAGCGUACGGGACGGGUGGAGAUGCGAUCGACGUACAAUAUGAUUCAACACCGCAGCAUCACAUGCCGAAUAUUCCCACGGCCGACGCACGCGAGGCAGCAGAAGAAGAGGCGCAAGCAGAGGCGGAAGACGUGAGCGCCGGCUUUAGCGGCGGUGCAGGGGUCGCCGACCUCAAGGGCAAGAAGAAGAAGCCGUCCGAGAGGCGGCAAGUGUUUAUGAACGCGCCGCUACCGCGAUCUGAGCUUAAGAAGAGCGGUGACCCGAAGCGCACCUAUCCUCGCAAUAAGGUCCGGACGUCCAAGUACACGAUACUCACUUUCCUGCCGCGGUUCCUGUUCGAACAAUUCAGACGCAUCGCCAACGUAUACUUCCUGCUGCUCAUUAUUCUUCAAGUGCGGCAAGAAUUUACCGCUGGUGCCACAGUGCCACAGAUCGCCAUGCUCCCGCUUGUGGCUAUCUUGACCAUCACGGCCAUCAAGGACAGCAUCGAGGACUAUAGGCGGCACGUCCUCGACAACCAGGUCAACAACUCUGCCGCCACGCGCCUCGGCAUGUGGCGCAACGUCAACCAGCCCAAGGACCCUCGUAGCCUCUUGCAAAAGAUGAUUGGCCUCAAAGGCGGCCGCUCGCCAAACAAGGCCUCGCGUGGCGUCAAGAAGCUCCGAGAGAAGGAGGAUGCAAUCGGUAUGCGCUCUGUCACAUCCGGUCGCUCGCAAGCAGCUCACCAUCAGCAGCAAGCACGGGGCCAAACGCAGGUCAGGCCCUCGACCGGACGGUCCCGUACCGACUCGUUGACCAGCGGAGGCUUUGCACUCGAAGCCAUGACCAGCGAGAGCGAACGCCCCGAGUCCGAAUGGCAUUCCACCGCCUUCAGUAUGGGGCGCUCGGGUAGCACGCGCAAUUUGCUCGCACCAGUUUCGUCGUACACCAACUCGAACGCGCCGAGCCUUACACACGUUCCGAGUAACGGAGACAAGUCUUUCGCCCCUAGCGUGUCGCAGGGUGUCGUGGAUUACUCGAGGCACGUGCCGGGGACCGCGCGCUGGGAGCGGACACUGUGGAAGAAGCUGGAGGUUGGAGAUAUAGUCCUUUUGCGCGAAGAUGACCAGGUGCCUGCGGACAUCGUUGUCCUCAGCACCUCGGACGCAGAUGGCAAUGCAUACAUCGAGACCAAGAACCUUGACGGUGAAACCAACCUCAAAGUCCGUAAGGCACUCAAAGCGACCUCCGCCAUCUUAUCUGAGGAAGAUGCCGAGCACGCACGGUUUGUCAUCGACAGCGAGCCGCCGCACGCCAACCUGUACGCAUACAAUGGCUUGCUCAAAUACAGCGUUCGCGACAGCUCGGAUCCGUACGACUACGAUAAAGAAGCGCCGCCGGACAGCAGCGCGGCCGCUGCGCAGAGCAAGCAGACCAGCAAGGUCGAGCCCGUCACGAUCAACGAGCUCCUCUUGCGUGGCUGCUUUCUCCGGAACACCGAGUGGAUCAUUGGAAUAGUCCUCUUUACGGGCGAAGACACAAAGAUCAUGCUCAACGGCGGUGACACACCUUCAAAGCGAAGCAAGAUUGAAAAGGAGACCAACUUUAACGUUCUGAUGAACUUUGUGCUGCUCUUUGGCAUGUGCCUUGCCUGCGCUAUCGUCGGAGGGUUCAACCUCAAUCGCACCGACACUUCCAGGUACUACUACGAGCAGAACUCGCUCUACUCCAGCUCCACUGUCGUCAAUGGCAUCAUAAUCUUCUUCUCGUGCAUGGUGGUGUUCCAGAACAUCGUGCCCAUCUCGCUGUACAUCUCGAUCGAGAUUGUCAAGACAAUACAAGCAUUCUUCAUCUACCAGGACGUCGACAUGUACUACGAACCGCUCGACUAUCCUUGCGUGCCAAAGACAUGGAACAUCUCCGACGACCUUGGACAGAUCGAGUACAUCUUCAGUGACAAAACCGGCACGCUUACGCAGAACGUCAUGGAGUUCAAAAAGUGCUCGAUCAAUGGCGUUGCAUACGGCGAGGGCAUUACCGAGGCUAUGAUCGGUGCGAUGCGCCGCGAAGGCAAGGACACGUCUGGUAUGGAUGCGGACACGCAAGAGCGUCAGCUCGAGCAGUCGAAGGCGGCCAUGAUUAAUACGAUAACGCGCGCGUUCAAAAACCGCUACCUGCGCGAAGACAAGAUGACGCUCAUCUCUCCACCACUUGCGCAGGACAUCUGCACGAGCACACCAGAAGGCGCCGGGCAGCGCAAGAACAUCAUCGCCUUCUUCCGAGCACUCGCGCUUUGCCACACCGCACUGGCCGACCGGCAAGACGCGAACGACCCAUUCACAGUGGACUACAAGGCCCAAAGCCCGGACGAGUCAGCGCUGGUCGCUGCUGCCCGUGAUGUUGGUGCUGUGUUUUUGAACAAGAACAACCAGACGAUCGACAUCGAAGUCAUGGGCCACCCCGAACGCUUCAUCCCGCUCAAAGUGCUAGAGUUCAACUCGACGCGCAAGCGCAUGAGUGUUAUUGUUAGGGAGCCAGAGGGACGCAUUCUCCUAAUCACCAAAGGAGCAGACUCGGUUAUCUUCGAGCGCCUGCGCGCAGAUCACCCUGCGGAGCUCAAGCAGAAGACCCAUCAGGAUCUGGAAGACUUUGCAAAUGCGGGUCUUCGGACGCUCUGCAUCUCAUACCGGUACCUUGAUGAGGGCGAGUACCUGGAAUGGAGCAAGAUCCACGACGAGGCCGCCGCUGCGCUGCAAGACCGUGACGAGCUUGUCGAUGAGGCAGCCGAGAAGAUCGAGGUCAACCUGACGCUCAUCGGUGCCACAGCCCUUGAAGACAAGCUGCAGGUCGGUGUGCCUGAGGCAAUCGAGAAGCUGCACAGAGCCGGCAUCAAGCUCUGGAUUCUGACGGGCGACAAGCUGCAGACGGCAAUCGAGAUCGGCUUUAGCUGCAACCUUCUUACGUCCGAAAUGGAGAUCAUGAUCAUUUCCUCAGAUCAUGCCGAAGGCACACGUGCCCAGAUCGAGGCCGCUUGCCACAAGAUCGCAUCAGCAGGCCGACCAGUCAUUAUCAACGGAAAGGAGUGUCGCACCUUCCUGCGUGCUCCGGACUCUCAGAUCUCUGCUAUGGGCAAAGGGGGGUUUGCGGUCGUUAUUGACGGCGAGACGCUCAAGUGGGCUCUAUCUUCAGACCUCAAGGCGCUUUUCCUCGGCCUCACUACGCAAUGCGAGGCCGUUGUCUGCUGCCGUGUCAGUCCGGCACAGAAGGCGCUCACGGUCAAGCUCGUCAAGGACGGCAUGAAUGCAAUGACGCUUGCCAUCGGAGACGGUGCGAACGAUGUCGCCAUGAUUCAAGAGGCUCACUGCGGUGUCGGCAUUGCUGGCCUGGAAGGAGCGCAGGCAUCAAUGUCCGCAGAUUAUGCCAUUGGGCAGUUUCGCUUCCUGACCAAGCUGCUCCUUGUGCACGGUCAUUGGAGCGUUGUCAGAAUCGCUCGUAUGCAUGUGGUCUUUUUCAUGAAGAACCUGGUCUGGACCGGCACGCUUUUCUGGUUCCAGAUCCACAAUCAAUUUGAUGCGACUUUGAUGAUUAGCUCUGCUCUCCUUGGACGCCAUCUGACGUGUUCCACUCCUUGCCUCACAGACAUCCUGCUAUUCAACCUUGUAUUCACGUCGCUUCCGGUGAUUAUUCUGGGAGCACUCGACCAAGAUGUGAACGCGAAGGCAUUACUCGCCGUACCCGAGACAUACCGCAAGGGCAUCACUGGCGAAUACUACACGCGCAGCAUCUUCUUCUUGGCAGUCAUCGACGCGAUCUAUCAAUCCGCAGUCUGCUACUUUAUUCCCUGGAUCAUGUGGUCGCUGUUCCCCGGCACAUCCUGGAAUGGCCUGGACAUGACGACGCUCCUGCUCUUCGGAACGACUGUUGGCGCUGCAGCUGUCUUCUGUUGCAACUUGGUCGCAGCUCUUUCACAGAGCUAUUGGACGGUCAUCUUCUGGAUUAUUACCGGUCUAUCCAUGGUCUCCUACCUCAUUUGGGCGGCAAUCUACUCGGCGCUGCCUUUUAGCUUCCGCAACAUUGCGUUCGAGCUCUUCUCAACGCUUCUAUUCUGGCUGACGAUCUUACUUGUCGUCGUCGUUGCCAUGCUUCCUCGCUACGUUUGCCAGGCUUGGCAAUCGUGCUUCGCUCCGUCAGACUGCGAUGUGGUGAGGGAAGCUUGGAUUGCCGGCGAUCUGAAGGACCGUCUUGGCGUUCCCCGCACCAAGUCACGUCCUCCGAAUACCAAGACGCUCAAAAACAUGGAAGAAUACAAUCCGACGGACGUUCAUGCCCUUCCGCAGCGGCGAAGCAGAGAAAGCUCGGCCAACAAUUCGGCAGAUCCGCUUACGACAGAUCCUGAUGCCAAACAAGGCCCCUUUGCGGAUCAGGCUUCCCAACAUCGGGAGCCUCAAUGGCACGUGGAGCAGCCUCAGGGCCAGGGCAAACAGAACCGGCUGAGCUUGCAGCCGCUCCAGAUGCAGCGGUCAGGCACGGCGUUCAGUUUUUACGACCCAGAGCUGCUUUCGAGCAUGUCACCACAAUCACCGGAGCGGCAUCAAGGCUGGACUCAGCAGCAAGGCAAAGGCCCCUUCGUCCCACAGAUCAACGUGCAAAGGGGAUCCGCUUCCAAUUCCUUCACCUCCAAGGAUCCACACGCCAAGCAGGAUGUGUACAGCCCGUAUGGGGUAUACGCAGGUGGUGCUAGCAGCCACACUGCCCUAAAUCAGUCGACAGACUCUUUUGAGCAACAUUUCGAACAAGCCUUUGGCGCUCAACAACAGCGUCAAUGGCAGGAGCCAACGCGUGGGCAACCGGUGGCCGCUAUCUACAACCCUGCUUCGCGUUUCCAUGAUCGCUUCCGCAACGGCCCCAGCUCGCCUCAGGCGUCGCCGCUCCGGCUACAAGACGACGCUUUCGAGCAGCUGACACCAACGCAAGCGCACCCAUCUCUGCAUCCGCGCGACCAAUCUGGAAUGACCAACCAGAGCUAUCACACUGCGGACGGAGAUGGUGACUAUCGGUAA